GGCCGCGGCGGCGGCGGCGGCGAGGUCAAGAGCAACAAGAAGGACUGGGCGAGCGUCGCCCGCGGAGCCGCCCGCUCCCCCUACGACGGCGGCCCACUCCUCGAGUCCAACGAGCCCUCGCUAUACGGGGGGAGCGACGAGGAGCUCUAGGAACGGCCGCCGAGCCCUUCCCGCAGCGCAACCCUAGCAGCGCAGCGGGCAGGGCGGCUCGCGCAGCGCGCGCGCGCGAUCGCGCAAGCGGCGCGCGAGAGCGAGCGAGCGAGCACACACACACACACACACACACACACACACACACACACACACACACACACACACACACACACACACACAUGUUGUACACAUGCACAGACACACAGCCCCUUCCCCUUCAAGGGCGAGGACACGCGCAGGGGUCGCACUUCUAGCGAGGCCCACAGAGUGGGAGACUCCUAUCACCGCCACUGCCACCCACGUGUCAGUCUGCCUGUGGUAGAAGAGACUGCCGGUGAGAAGUCGGAGGAAGGUCGCUAGUCGAGAGAGAUCGCCAGUGGAUAGGGAGUCCACCGUGCUGCGAGCCUGUCGCUGUCCCUUGUCAGGAGCAGGAGAACUAGGAGAGCGCAACCAGUAGGAGGCCCGCGCUUGCCCCCGUGCCGCCGGGUGCAACCUGUCCUAUACGAGAGAGGAAUCCCUGGGACCCUGUCGUGAGGGUGAACCCUGCCCAGCCCCCCUCCGUGUCGCGAUGCGCUCCCCGCUCCCGUUCCCCUGUGUCCCUGAUCGUCCUUACAAGAUCCUGCUCGUGCAGCGCGAACGGCCGAAGCGCGACGAGGCGCGUGGCGAGAUGUCAUACCCUCCAGUGGCCGAGGGCAUCCCCGUCGGCGACGUCGCGGGUGGCCAGGCGGCGCCACGAGUGCAGCGUCAGACCUCAGAGGGUUUCCUGCGCAACCUCGGCAUGCCGCCAGGGAUCAACGCCUCGUUCCUCCGCUCCAACGAGUCGUUCCCACUGCGAAUCUGGAUCAUCGACAACUCCGGCUCGAUGCAGACCACGGACGGCAAGCGCAUCAUGCGCGGACCCGGCGGGCGCGAGGGCGUGGUGGACGCCAGCCGCUGGGACGAGCUGGGCGAUUCUCUAAUCUGGCACGCCACGCUGGCGGCCAACCUGGGCGCGCCGACCGAGCUGCGGCUGCUCAACCCGCCCGGCGGCGGCUCGCCGCAGGUGCUGAGCGUCGGCAUGGGCGGCGACGCGGCGGCGGAGGUGGACGCCGUCAAGAAGCUGAUCAAAAGCGGACCCACCGGCCGCACGCCGCUGUGCGAGCAAAUUCGGCAGGCGACGGCUCGCAUCCAGGCCCAGGCGGACGUGCUCCGCGCCAACGGGCAGCGCGUCGUCGUCGUGAUAGCGUCGGACGGCGCGGCGACGGACGGCGACAUUGAGGUGGCGAUGCGGCCGCUGCAGUCUCUCCCGUGCUGGGUGGUGGUGCGGCUCUGCACCGACUCGGAGGACGUUGUGCGGUACUGGAACGCCGUCGACGAGGACCUCGAGCUCGACAUGGACGUGCUGGACGACUUGAUGGGCGAGGCGGCCGAGGUUGGCGAGAACAACGGCUGGCUGACCUACUCUGCGGCGCUGCACCGGCUCCGCGAGUGGGGCUGCGACGCGAAGGUGUUCGACGUGCUCGACGAGAAGAAGCUCUCCAUCCCCGAGAUGGCGAGCCUGGCGGAGGACCUCCCCAACCCGCAGCUCGACUGGGAGGGCUUCCUCAAGGGCCUCGAGGCGGUGCAAGCCUCGCUGCCAAAGGUGUGGGACCCGCUGCGCUCGCGCAAGGUGCCGUGGGUCGACGGCCGCAAGCUCGUCAAGGCGUACAAGAAGGGCGACGGCUGUGCAGUCAUGUGAGCUCGCAAACGUCAUGGGGCGUGGGACGCGCCGGGUGCCCGUCUCGCGCGUGAGGCCGGAAGGUCGGAGGGUGAGGGCCGGCGCCGUCGCACCAAAAGGCAAGGCCUAGGGAUGUUGAGUGGGGGGUGCGUGCACGCCAGGUGAUGUGUGCGCGCUGCAACAGGCAUGUCCAUGUGUCAGAACGGCGAGGAUUGGAGGAAACGAAGAAGUUGGAAGCUGGAUA